AUGCUCCUCCUGCUGCUGCUCCUCGCUCUUCUCCUGCUCCUCGCUCUUCUCUUGCUGCUCCUUUUCCUCGACUUCCACCUCCCCCGCACGUCUCUCAUCAGUUGCCUGCAGGUGUGGGUACUUUUUCUCUUUCACGACAAUGGCAACAAGUCCAUCAAGGCACUCGUUCAUCCUCCUCGCCUCGACGGCACUAGGAAGGGCUUGUUUGCCACCCGCACCCCCCAUCGGCCCAACCCCAUUGGGCUGUCUCUGUGCAAGCUGGAGCGGGUGGAGGGGCGAACGCUUCACCUCAGUGGGGUUGACAUCAUACAGGGAACUCCCAUCCUUGACAUCAAGCCGUAUAUACCCGACUAUGACAACGAGACUGAUGAGGAAGUGAAGAUUCCUGAGUGGAUCAAGAGGCCUCCGGUCGCGAGGCUCAACGUUCAGUUCUCGCAGGAGGCGGAGAACAAGUUUCUUCCAUCUUUCACCUUCUUCAAGACCAAGGAAGAGGUCAAGCAGGCCAUCUCGGACGUGCUCGUGCAUGACCCUCGGAGUGGUGAGGGGAGAGACUCGGAGUCGUUCAUCUUUGCCCUGGAUACGAUCGAUGUAACUUGUCACUUUGACGGAGAUAUCGCAACGGUGGCGGAGGUGGUAGAAGUAUACUCGAAGUUGAAGGAGGAAAUGAAAGAGAAGAUGAAGGAGAAGAUGAAGAAGGGGGAAGAGGAGGGAACGAAGACGAGGGACCAGUGA